CUCUUCCCCGGGAUUCGCCUUCGUCCACGUUUCCAAAAGCUAUGAGCCCAACUUUAAAUGGUAUACUCCGUAUGUCAAAUGGCACCUCUGUCUCUCAUUGUGGACCACUCUCCCCUCUUCCCCGCUCACUGGUCCCUUUUUGUCGCGCACCCGUCGUGUCCCGAGAUUGGCAAGAGAGUUCACGUCGAAGGCAGCGUCUACGCGGGCUUCACGCACGCCGUGCAGCGGAGAUAUAAGCUUGGCUCGGUGGGAAAGAAUUUCAGUUUGCUUGAGCUCGGUGAAUUAACGGGUGGGAAGGGAGGGGAGGAGCAGGAGGAGGAGGAGGAGGCCCUGGUGAAACACAUUCAUGCGAAUGCGGAUGUGGAUGCGGACGCGGCCGAGUAUGGAGAAGAGGUGAAGCCUAUCGAUCGACUAGAGAAGGUAGCUAUCGGUGUUGUGGCGCUGGGCGGGAGCUUGAAUCAUGUCAAUGAAGAUGGGACGCAGGCGCCGGCCAGACGCGGUCAGAUGAAAAACUGCCAAGACUGGAUCAUUGAUGUCGUCGCGGAACUGGUGCGGAGAGAUAUGCUCCCGGCGGCCGCCAAUGAAGUAGUACAGAAUGCUCCAAAGAAUUGAUACCAAGGAUAUUUGUUAAAGGUAUUGAGCCGAAAAGUGACAUGGGUUCGAAUCCUACAUGCAAAUGGUAGUGGAGUCUGCUUUCUUCACGCGCAUCCUCAGGGCGCUCACAGUGGCUGCACUUGCGUGUAGUCCAGCAAGGCUUGGGUCGUCUCACGCUCGAACUAUCAAAGAACAAAGAAUAUUUCUCAGAUAUCGAAUAGGCAAAUAAGAAACAUAACAGAACGACGAAAGACGAAUUCCCUUUGGGCCAGAAG